AUGAGCCAUACGUUUCCGAACCGAGGGAGUAGUAUCCCGUACACAUUCAACCCCGGAAGCAAUGCGACUGUCGACAUAACCAGCGUGCCCGAAAUAGGUGGCCCUACGAAGGACAGGUUGGUCGUCGGCGUUGACUUUGGAACCACCUACAGCGGUGUGGCUGCUGUAUAUAGUGCAACCCCUGACGACAUCGACAUCAUCAAGACAUGGCCCGGAGGGAACGGCAUCACUUCCGACAAAGUACCCACAGAAAUUGGUUACAGCGAAUCACCCCCCGCCAACGGCUCGACCUCCUCGCUCGAUGCGUCCGCGAAACCCGCGCAAAACAUAAAAUGGGGCUUUCAAUUCAAGCCAGAGGAGACGCGUCUCCGGUGUAUAAAGCUAUUUCUCGAUAGGAACCAGAAACUGCCGCAUUUUGUAUCACCGCUCGAAACUGCUGCGCAAUUACGCAAGUUUGAGAAGACGGUUAUGGAAGCAGUUUCCGACUACCUAUCGCAGAUAUACAAGCAUACGAUGGAAACAUUGACACGGAGAUACGGGGAGACGUUUAUCAGUUUGACCAAGGUUGAAUUCGUCUUGACAGUACCUGCUGUUUGGUCGGACUCAGCCAAAGAUGCGACGCUCAAGGCUGCGGAGAAAGCUGGCAUGGGCAACAGGCAUGAGCUGAAGCUCAUAUCGGAGCCCGAGGCCGCAGCGGUUUAUACCCUCAAGGCGAUACAACCAAACCAUCUCAAGAUCGGAGACAAUUUCAUUGUUUGUGAUGCUGGAGGUGGCACUGUCGACUUGAUAGCCUACAAGAUUACCCAACUCCAUCCUCUGCGUGUCGAAGAAUCGGCAGUCGGUACUGGCGGCCUCUGCGGCUCGACAUUUAUCAACUACCGAUUCGAAGACCACAUCAAGCAGCGCAUUGGCACCGAACGUUACAAUUGGAUGCGCGAAAAGAAGGUCAAGACUUGGAAUAUGGGCUUGAAGUACUUUGAGGAAUUUGUGAAGCGCAACUUCAACGAGGAGGAACACAAUGAGGUCAACAUACCUUUUCCGGGGCUGCCGGACGAUGAGGAAGCAGGAUUAGACUCUGGGUUCCUUGUCAUGAGCGCAGAGCAGGUCAAAGAAUUAUUCGAUCCAGUAGUCCAAGAGGUCAUUGAUCUAGUAGAAGGUCAGGUUCACAGUAUAAGAGCGAAAGGAGGUUUGGUGUGUGGCAUUGUCUUGGUUGGAGGCUUCGGACAGAGCAAUUACCUCUACGGUCGAAUGAAGUCUCACUUCAACAGCGCGCCCCCGCCUCCGUACACAGAAAGACCCACGCACGCUGUCGCAUUGAACGCCUCGCAGGCCGUCGAGAUAUACCACCCCAUACACGCAUGGACGGCGGUAGUACGAGGCGCAGUACUGCGCGGGUUGGAAGGCAAUAUGGUCAUUAGCAGAAGAAGUCGAUGGCAUUACGGAACCAGCUACGCGACAGUAUUCGACGAGGCAAAGCACCCCAUUUCCGAUCGAUAUUGGAGUCCGCUUUGGGAGCGAUGGAUGGUGUCCGAUCGCAUGCAGUGGCACAUCGCAAAGGGCGCACAAGUGUCGGAAAACCGACCCAUAUCCUUCCACUACACGCGCAACUUUCGCCCUGGCCAAUCUCUCAUCGUAGAAGACGACCUCAUAGCCUGCGACUCUGACACGGCUCCUGACUCCUUCAAGAAGGGUCUCAUCAACGUUUGUACACUUACUACCGACCUGAACACGGUGCCAAAGAGCUUGUUCACGCGGUUGACGACGACAAAGGGGGUGGAGUUUGAUAAUCUAGAUUUCACACUGGAUAUGCGGUGUGAGAGUGCGGGAUUGGUGUUUGAAUUGAAGGUUGAUGGAGUGAGAUAUGGAGGGGUCAGUGCGAAAUUCCAUUAA